GUUUUCAUGCUGCCGGAGGGUUAUCGCCAUGACAUCCAACACAAGAACCAGUUCGCGAACAUCAACAAGAAUUUUCCGUUGGCCAUCGAACGAGAGUGGCGGGAUUUCAGCAACAAGCGUUGGGUUCGCAUCUACAUCGAGCCCACAACCGUCGCUUCGGGAACCUUUCAGUGGAAUUUUCCAGUGGUUGUCUCAACGUCAGCGCCGAUCAACACAGAGUGGUAUGUGCUCCUGUGCGGUGACUACGAGUGCCAAACCUUCAGUGACCCCUCGGUGAUGGCGAUAUUUCCGGUGCCGGACUUCCAACCGAAGAUUCCAGCCAGAACUCCUGCAAGCUGGAUAACCACAUCAAGCGCUGCUAUGUCGGGACUGGCACUGACUCUGCUCUGCUGCUCCGUACCACUCGGGGAGAUGUUCUUGUAA